UUCUCAAUCAGCAGUUCUCUGCGAGCACGUUAUGUGAAGCACCCGACUGGCUAAAACCCCGAGCGAGCUAAAGGCUUCCGCAAUUACAGGUCAUACGAUUUAAAACGAGACAAUGGAUUGGGGAUCUCUGCACACCAUUUUGGGAGGUGUAAACAAACACUCCACCAGCAUUGGGAAGAUAUGGCUCACGGUCCUAUUCAUCUUCCGCAUCAUGAUCCUGGUUGUGGCUGCAGAGAGAGUCUGGGGAGAUGAACAAGAUGACUUUGUCUGCAACACUCUGCAACCUGGUUGCAAAAAUGUUUGCUAUGAUCACUUUUUCCCUAUCUCUCACAUCAGACUCUGGGCCCUGCAGCUGAUCUUCGUCUCCACACCUGCACUGCUGGUGGCCAUGCACGUAGCUUACAGGAGGCACGAGAAGAAACGGCAGUUCAGAAAGGGAGACAAGAAAUGCGAGUACAAGGACAUUGAAGAAAUCAGAAGCCAGAGGUUUCGUAUUGAGGGUUCCUUGUGGUGGACAUACACUAGCAGCAUCUUCUUCAGACUGAUCUUUGAAGCAGUCUUCAUGUAUGCAUUUUAUUUCAUGUAUGAUGGGUUCCGAAUGCCUCGCUUAAUGAAAUGUAAUGCUUGGCCCUGCCCCAACACGGUAGACUGCUUUGUUUCCCGACCUACUGAAAAGACAGUGUUUACUAUUUUUAUGAUUGCAGUGUCCAGCAUUUGCAUUCUUUUAAAUGUAGCUGAAUUAUGUUACUUACUGACAAAAUUUUUUCUCAGAAGAUCUAAAAAAGCUGGAAAUGCAAAACAUCACCCCAACCAUGAGAAUAAAGAAGAAACCAAACAAAAUGAAAUGAAUGAGUUAAUAUCUGAUAGCUGUCAGAACACAGUUAUAGGAUUUACAAGUAGCUAAGGUAGUGUCAGUGCUGAUAUUUACUCUUUUUGGAGUAAAUAUUCUUUGUUUAAAGGCUGCAAAUGAAAUUUGUUAUGCUAAACAACUUACAUUGGGUGUGAUUUCUGCUAUGUAGUAGCAUGUGUCAAUUAUGCACUUCUUUGGAAGAGAAAGAAAAGCCAGGGCAGCCUAAACAUGUGAAAUUUAUAUGAGGGUUAAAUAGGGAAGUGUAUCUUCCUAUGAUCCUUACAAGCUGGCUGACAACUGGGAAACCCCCUACCACCUUCAUGCUGAUACAGUUUCUGUAAACUAUCUGCAACAGCAAUAAGAACAAAAUUCUUUCCAAGAUAGACAUUCUAAUGUUACAAGAUGUUUUGUAAUAGCAAUAGUUUUCACUUGUGAACUGACAAUUAAAAUAUUUUUGUAAAGUCUAAGAUUCCAUGUUACUUAAGGUGUUACAGUAAUUGACUCUGUUUUGACUAGCAGGCUUAAUGCAAGUAAACCUUGAAAUACCAUACUCAUAGAGAGGAGAUGGUAGUAGGCCAUAUCUUUACAGCUUUGCAAGCACUGCUUGAGUCUGGACAGGUAACCUGAGGCACUUGCAUAGCCCCUGCUAUGGGGGAAGCUGUGUGAAAACCCACGACAGGUAGUGGAUAAUUAGGGUAGCUAGGUUUUAAGUGCAAAGUCAUGCAUAAAAACAGCAUGACAAUACUAGAUCCAGCCUGAGUGGACCCACUCUGAACAUGAUACAAGUAUUCUUAUUAAUCUUUUCAUCGCAUACUGCCAGUUUUAUAGGAACAUACAUAAUUUUAUGUAAAUAUUCCACUUACACGUUUGUCUGUAAUGUUUUAGCUGUAUUUAAUUCUUUAUGCUAUAUCACAUCAUGGAACCUAUUUUUUUUUUGUGGUAGACUGGUGCUGUUAUGAAAGUAGGGCCUCUCUGGUUUGAAAGACGUGGAAAAGUAUCUUAAAUACUGGAAAUUGAGAAAGUCUGAAUAAAAGGCAAACACUUUAAACUUUGGCAA